ACUCGGCGGGCGGCGCUCGCUCGACUUCCUGGUUGUGGCUGUCAAAAACGCAGGAGCUCAGGUUUGCAUCCCGACCCGACGCCUUCGGUCGCCGCGCUGCUGCUCUCCCGCCCGAGCGACUCGUAUACCGCCUCAAAAACAUCAACAACAACCCCCGGCCAAUGGCGUUCAGGAAGGCUCUGAAGCGGACCGCGAUCAUAGGGGGCGGGGCCGCUGCCACGUUCUUUGGCUUCUCGCACUUAAUCGAGUACAGGAAGUCGCAGCAUGGAUUGGCUCGGUUAGCCCACGUGGCGGCAGAAGCGGAGCUGAAGGCCCCCUUCGCGGACGAACUCCCCUCGCGGCGGGCGCAGCUCGCGGCGCUGGAAAUCACAGAGGAGUUUGACGUGCUGGUUAUCGGAGGAGGGGCCACGGGGGCAGGAUGUGCCUUAGACGCUGUCACACGAAACCUCAAGACUGCCCUCGUGGAGAGAAGCGACUUCUCGUCGGGGACGAGCAGCCGGAGUACCAAGCUAAUCCACGGCGGUGUCCGCUACCUUCAGAAGGCCAUCAUGCAGUUAGACUACGAACAGUACAUGAUGGUGAAGGAGGCCCUCCACGAGCGAGCCAACCUCCUUGAGAUCGCACCUCACCUUUCUGCGCCACUACCCAUCAUGCUUCCUGUUUACAAAUGGUGGCAGUUACCUUACUACUGGGCAGGGAUCAAGAUGUACGACUUGGUGGCUGGGAUUCAGUGCCUGAAGAGCAGCUAUGUCCUCAGCAAGGCCAAGGCCUUGGAGCUGUUCCCCAUGCUGAAGAAGGACAAGCUGGUGGGAGCGAUCGUCUACUACGACGGGCAACACAACGAUGCCCGCAUGAACCUGGCCAUCACCAUCAGUGCCGCUCGCUACGGCGCCGCCAUCGCCAACUACACAGAGGUGGUUAGCCUGCUGAAAAAGAAGGACGAGGAGACCGGCAAGGAGAAGGUGUGCGGCGCCCACUGCCGAGACGUCGUCACAGGACGUGAGUUCGACGUGAAGGCCAAGUGCGUGAUCAACGCCACCGGACCGUUCACAGACUCCGUGAGGAAGAUGGACAACCAGGAAACCAGAAACAUCUGCCAGCCCAGUGCUGGCGUUCACAUCGUCAUCCCCGGUUACUACAGCCCGGACAACAUGGGUCUGCUUGAUCCAGCCACGAGCGACGGACGAGUCAUCUUCUUCCUGCCCUGGGAGAAGAUGACCAUCGCCGGCACGACCGACACCCCCACCAGCAUUACGGCUCACCCAAUCCCGGGGGAGGACGACAUCAACUUCAUUCUGAGGGAGGUCCGCAACUACCUCAGCCCUGACGUAGAAGUGCGCCGAGGUGACGUGUUGGCAGCGUGGAGCGGAAUCCGUCCUCUGGUGACCGACCCCAACUCCAAAGACACUCAGUCCAUCUGCAGGAACCACAUCGUCAGCAUCAGUGACAGCGGGCUGGUCACCAUAGCUGGUGGUAAGUGGACCACUUACAGAUCCAUGGCUGAAGAGACUCUGGACGCGGCCAUCAAAGCCCACGGCCUCUCAGCCGAGCCCUGCAAGACUGUCGGCCUGAUGCUGGAGGGGGCGAAGGGCUGGACACCGACACUGUACAUCCGCCUGGUGCAGGACUACGGCCUGGAGAAGGAGGUGGCCCAGCACUUGGCCGCGACGUACGGUGGAAAGGCGUUUGACGUGGCGAAGAUGGCUCAGGUUACUGGGCAAAGAUGGCCAAUCGUAGGGAAACGGCUGGUGUCUGAGUUUCCUUACAUUGAGAGUGAGGUGCUGUACGCGAUUAAGGAGUACGCCUGCACCGCCAUCGACGUCAUCGCCCUACGAACACGCCUGGGCUUCUUGAACGUGCAGGCAGCCGACGAAGCGCUCCCACGUAUCGUCCAAAUCAUGGCGAAAGAGCUGGGCUGGAGUCAGGAGAAAACUACGGCAGAACUAGAAGCAGCCAGGAAGUUUUUGUACCAUGAGAUGGGCUACAGGUCCCGUUCUGAGCAGCUGACCAAGACAUCUGAGAUCAACUUAGACUACCAGGAAGUGAUCAGAUACAAGAAACGUUUCCACAAGUUCGACAAAGAAGGCAAAGGAUUCAUCACCACCGUCGACGUCCAGCAAGUUUUGGACAACAUCAACGUCCAGAUUGAUGAAAACGCGCUCCACGAGAUCCUCAACGAGGUGGACCUCAACAAGAACGGACAAAUUGAGAUUGAUGAAUUCCUGCAGCUGAUGAGCGCUGUGAAGAAGGGGGAAAUGUCGGAUAGCCGCCUGGCCAUUCUCAUGAAGACGGCGGAGGAGACUCUGAAUAAGAGGGGCCCGGUGACGGUGGACCGGAGCGGCGGCGGAGUCUGAGAAAAGGAUGUGGUAAUGACAACAACAACAACAACAACAAAACAACUCAUGCAAAUGAUGCUCAUUUGAAUGACAAUGUAGCAAUCAAGCGCGGCAGGAUAAAUUUGGACAAAUCAAGUGCAGACCAGUAAACACUCCUGAGUCGCGAGUCAAACUGGAUCCAAUGAUUGAGAGAGUAGAUCCAUUUGUUCUCAACAACAGGUGCCUCUGAUAUCACACAGCACACAAUCAAACUGUUUUUAUAGCCUUUUUAAAACUAUUUUAUCUCUGCAGCUUCUCGAACACUCCUUUUUUUUCUUUUUUUUUUAAAACUUCAUUCAUUUCACGCCAACGACGCCGAUUGUUGUGUGAAUGCCGUCCUCGAUGCUUCCCUGGGGUUUUUGGUUUUGUUUAAAUUCUGCAGGUUCAUUAUUCCCCUUAAAAAAGGUUUGCCGGAAAGAAUUUUGGAAUUUGACGUGACCCAGUGCUUUCUGUAGCUGUCUUUGUUAGACCUACAGUAAAUAAACAAAGGGCAUGAAUAGAAAAGAGAAGAUGUGGAAACUGAAAACAGAAGAUGUAUAUAUCGGGUCUCUCCGGUAAACUUCAUUUUAGGAAAUAAUGCACCUCUCAAAUAUAAAUCCUCACUGAUCAUGUGAGUGUGUGGUUUCUGAUCUUAGCAUGUUACAAGCAGUAGUUGGGUGACGUUUGAUAUUUAAUAGGUUUUAAAGCACUCCGAGAUGUUUCUGAAGUUUUUCUGCUGCAAUCUCACUGCCUGUUCUUUGUUUUUAGGGUAAAAACAAAUUAUUUAUAUAUAUAUAUAUGAUCAGGGCUACGUGUGAAAAGAAAUUGUACUUCAUCUUGUCCCAGUGUUUUUUCUAUCUGCUGCACUUCCAGCAAACUACUAAUACUGAGGUUUACAGGACGAGGUUUCCAGCUUUAGCGUCACCGUCCUCGAACGGUCGUCCGCUACUUCUCUGUUGUCUUCAUAUUUUUUUUCCCAGAAUUAUUUAUUCUCAUUUCCUCACAGACAUAAACACAGAGAUUAUAAAUGCGUCACCAAAACAUGCUUUUAAAGUUAUUGUAUCAGCGGAAUCACAUGCUACUUUUUAACCUUAUUCUCUAAAUAAUGCAUUAUUUGCAUUUUAGAUUUGAGCAGCUGUAUUAACGCACAUCCAGUCUGUCUGACAGCAACACACUGAUUUAUAUAUAUAUAUAUAGUAUAGAAUCCUGCAUGCUGUGAGCUGAUGUUUUCAUUUUAAUAAGAUUUUUUAUUGUAGUUGCAUGUUUCAUCUUUUUUAAGGGCGGAUGGAAACUGGUCUGUGUACUAUGUAUUAAUGUGUAUGUGCCUUAUUGUGCCUAAGAACAUGACACUUAAUCAUCUUGCCUCUUUUCCACAAACUCUCCAUGUUCAACACACAGGAAAUAAUCCUGAGAAUGUCAAGAUAUUUAUAUAAUUUUUAAACAUUCAUUAUAAAAAGAACUGUAUUUAAACUUUUUUUGGUGUUAUUUGUAAUGACAGAGGCCUGUUGUAAGGGACGAGCUGCCUGUGUUGAAAAGGGUUCAUGAGCAGAAUUUGACCAGUGGAGAGUUUAAAGUGAAAUUUUUAGUUUGGUAAUUUUUGACUUUUUCCAGAACUGACAGCUGGGAAAAUGAUACGGCAGUGUGUUGGAAAUAUUAAUGAAUAUGUAUAAUUCAUUAAUUUAUGGGACGUACAAGUCACAGUGGACUUUUAAGUCUUGUCAUAUCCGUCACAAUUAAUUCUCCAUGUCUGUCUCCACUUUUUGAUUAGCUACUUAUUCAUAAACUUUUUAUUUGACCCUUUAUUUUUCCACUAUUGAAAAAAAAUUGAAAAUAUACAUAGAAAUAGGUGGAUGUAAGUGCACUUGGUUAAUUUUGUAAUUGUCCCUGUUAAUUAAAACCACUGGCCCCACCAACACCGUGCAGGGUUCUUUUUUAAGUGGCAGCCCCUCGCCACAGGCCUCUGUUAAGUCUUUUAUUUUGAAAGAGGUGUGUGUACGUGUGCAUUCUGUGCUUCCUUAUUGCCUUCACAUUAUGAUUUAUAUUCAUUCACAACUGCAGCUUUUGAGAUUUUGUCUCAUGGAUGUUGGAUCAUUUUUUUUUAUACAUAAAGCGAAUCAUUCCGUUCUUCUUCCUCCCAUGUCUCAAACACUGUAACUGUUACUGAAGUGUGUGUAUCAGUGGGGGGGGGGACUACAAUGUCUCCACAACGAGGACCCUUGAAACUGCCAACACCACUCUUCAAGAAUAGCUCAUGGGCAGCGCAACUCGAAUCCUGAUGUUUGAUUGUCUCCUUUUACGGAUGAAAUUACAGCUUUAUCCCGGCUCAAAGAGAAUCAUAUUCCUAGUUCCUGUCUGUUCUGCCAGUACUGUAAGAAAACUCAAGUCUUUCGGGUAAAAAAAAGAAACAAAGCAAUUAUCUAAUUAAAUGUAUCUGGUUGCCCACAAA